ACACCGUAGCCACGUGACUCAGGUCCUCCUCGUUUUAAAAAAAGAGCUGCUCCCCUGCAACUCACUCCAGACCUUCAAAGAGGUAGUAAAUGUUCCUCCUGUGCCAGCUGACCGACUUUUUGCGCCUUCUGUGUCAGUGGAAGAACUUUACGAGAGCGCACAGAGACGAAAUGACUUUGCCAAUCCGCUGAUGUUGCGCUGGACCGAGAGUCCUUGAAGUUUCUUUCUUUUCUUUUUUUUUUUUUUUUUGUCUUGCAUCCCUCAAAGUAUCCUGCGUCUUUGAUCUGCUGGCCAACGAUGGCGCUGGACCACAGGAGAGCAUUUCGCGCCUCCGUUUUACUGACUUGUGUGAUAAUCUGCAGCAGCGUGCUAUGUCCCGCUGGUGCCUAUCUCUACAACAACCGCUACGCAGGCGAUCAAGUCUUCAGGAUAACGCCGGGUAAUGAUGAGGAUGUUCGAGCCCUCAAGAAAAUUCUGGGACAUAUGAAGGUGGACUUGUGGCAGCCCAACAGCGCUUCUCUCAUCCAUCAAAAUGCCACAGUGGAUGUCCACGUGAACCGCAACGACACACAAGGUUUACAUUCACGCUUAAAGCAGGAACGUAUUGAUUAUCGGGUGUUUAUCUCCAAUCUGCAGAAGGAAAUUGAAAAGCAGACGGGGUAUCGCUCCUCCCGCAAGCGGAGGUCAGAGGCUCAGUACGACUACGAGGUUUACCACUCUCUGGAAGAGAUCCAGAGCUGGAUGUUUGAGACGAACCAAACCCAUCCUGACCUGGUUGACAUGUUCUCUGUUGGGAAGUCAUACGAAGGACGACCGCUUUAUGUGCUUCAGCUAGGAAAGAGAAGUCGUCCCCAGAAGAAAGCCGUGUGGAUCGACUGUGGCGUUCAUGCCAGAGAGUGGAUCGGACCCGCCUUCUGCCAGUGGUUUGUCAAAGAGGCCAUCAGCUCCUACCAGUACGACUCUGUGAUGACACGACUACUCGACCAGCUCAACUUCUACGUCAUGCCUGUCUUCAACGUGGAUGGAUAUCGCUUCAGCUGGACCACGGAUCGGUUCUGGAGGAAGACACGGUCCAAAAAUCACAAGUUCCACUGCAGAGGGGUGGACGCUAACAGAAACUGGAAAGUGAAAUGGUGUGAUGAAGGUGCCUCCUCUCAUCCAUGCGACGACACUUAUUGUGGGCCUUAUCCUGAGUCUGAACCCGAAGUGAAGGCCGUCGCCAAGUUCCUCCGCAAGCACAAGAAGCGCAUAAAAGCGUACAUAUCCAUCCACGCCUAUGCACAAAUGCUGCUUUACCCAUAUUCCUACAAGUACGCCACGAUCCCCAACUUCAGCUGCGUGGAGUCAGCAGCUCAGAAUGCAGUGACAGCCUUGUAUUCCGCCUAUGGAGUGAGAUAUAGAUAUGGACCUGCCUCCACGACUUUGUAUGUGAGCUCCGGCAGCUCCAUCGACUGGGCCUACCGGAACGGGAUCCCCUAUGCGUUUGCGUUUGAGUUGAGGGACACUGGAUACUUUGGCUUCCUCCUCCCUGAGUCGCUCAUCAACCCGACCUGCACAGAGACAAUGAGGGCUGUGAAAGCCAUCGCAUCGGGUCUGCUGAAGAAGUGCGAGACAGACAGGGACAGAUUUCCAUAUAUAUGAGCGCACUUAUCUUAACACCUCGUAUUUUUCUGAGAGUUCAUACUCCUCCCAGACGUUAUCAGGUGAAGAGCUGGAACGGACCAUCAAAGCACGAAGUUGAAUUUGUUGUCUUGUUGUUUUUUGUUUUUUUUUUCUUGAGGUUGCUCACCUCAUUUUCCUUUUCUGAUAAGAACAGAUGGUGGUCGGUUUCUUGUGCCCAAAAAAAACAUGGAUCCUAUGAACAACUACCCUGUUUACAUGCAAUAAUAUCAUAUGCAGUGUCAGAGAGCAUCUCAGUGGAUCAGUGAGCCUUUGUGUCCCUUUUAUAUCCAGUGUCCUGAGCUUCAAUCCUUUCUUGUUACUCACAUUCUACUCUCAAAAAAGGAAUCAAUAGAGCAAUAUGUUUUUGUUUUACAGGAAAUGGUGGUCAUCUGAGCACUUGUAAUGAUAUGGAAGCACUUUUUUUUUGUAAAGAAACAGCUAAUGUCUUCCAGAAAAUGUUUUGUAUUUAUCAACUUUUCAAAAGGACUUUUAAUGAAUGUAACUAUUUUUAUUGUGGUUGCUUAUUAUUUUGAAAUCAAGCUUACCAAGUACCAGUUUAGAUUUUCAGCUAUAAAGUUAAUGUUUUAAUGCCUUUAUUACUGCAAAUUUGUUGGUGUACAUAAAAUGCUAUCAACUGACAAUUGAAAUUGAGAUAUUUUUGUUAGACUUCUUUUUUUUAAUUUUUUUUCCUCUUUAAUUUGGUUCAGAAAGAAUGACCUGUCACUUCAGUAGCUAACUGUGUCAUUGCUCAGGUAUAGAUAAAUGACAGUGUCAGAAAUGUUUACUUGUGACAGGUUAUGUUUUUUAAUAUUGUAUUUUAAUAAAUGCAUAAUAUCUGACUUGAAUAAAUGUUUUAUAACACAUCAUA